AUGUCGUCUCGCAUCAUCGAUUAUUCCAAGUGGGAUACACUGAAGUACUCUUCUUCUUCUUCUUCGGAAGAGGACGACGAGAAGGCGAGGGCGACAAUUGCACACCUCGGGGAUCUCCUGCUUUCUUCUUCUCAGAGAACGAGCUCGUCGUCACCUCUUUGGAACGGGUUGGUGUUGCAUCAUAAGGAUGUUUUUGUCUCGCAUGUGCUUCCGAAAUUGAAUACGACAGAUCGGUGUUUCUUUUCAAUGGUGGGUAGAGAGAGUCGGGGUGUGCUUGAGUAUGCCGGGGUAAACGUAUCGAAAUUAUGUUGGAAUGUUCACGAAUGUUCAUCCAUCUCGACGCUGGAAUUGGUGUGGAAUCACAUGCUCUGGGGAGAGAAAUUUGAAGAUGGAACGGUGAGAGAUCAAGCCUGGUUUUGCGAGCAAGUUGCUGCAACGAACAAACUCGAGUUUCUCAAGUGGGCGAGAGAAGUGAAACAGUGCGAGUGGGAUGAAGAUACGAUUAAAAUGGCAGCAUUUACAGGUAAUCUCGAGAUGUUGAAGUACUGCUUCUCUAACGAGUGCCCGUACGAUGAAGAAAGGUCGUGUGAACAAGCUGCUAUAGAAGGACACCUCGACUGUCUUCGAUUUCUUUUCGACAAAGUGAAACCUUCGCGAGAUACGGAAAAAGAUGUAGUAACACAAGCAGCAUGCGGUGGUCACGUGGAGAUCUUGAAAUAUUUCGUUGAAGAAAGAAAGAUAUGGGAUGAUUUGAAGCUCGACUGCGUGGCAACCGCUGCACUGCAUGGCAAACUCGAUUGUAUCAAAUACUUAUUUGGCGAAUCCAUUACGCAACACUCUUCGAACACGUUUCUGCUCUCGUCGAAAGAGUGUACACACGAUGCCUGUUUGUACCACCGUUUACUCUGCCACCGCGCGAACGAGCGAGUUUUCGUCUUUUUCGUUCUUUAA